AUGAAAUCAUAUAGGAGUAUUCCAUUUGAUUUUUCUUUUGAUAUUGGCAUUAAAUUUUUGAACUUGGGAUCAAUCUAUCGAUUUCUUGUUGAAAAUGGUUCUUUACUUCUUUCUGGGGUUACAAGAAAGAUGGGUUCUCUUCCUUUCUUAGUGUUGUUUCUUAAUCCAAUUUUUGAUAGCAAAUCAUAUAAUAAGCGCAUUGUUGGGGGAGGAGAAUCGUGCAUUCUCGAGUUUCAACUGUAUGUGAAUUCUAUUAGGAGUAAAUUUAAGUUGAUGAAAACGUUGGCGCAGAUGAGAAAUAGUGCACUUAAGAAGCUCAAUAAGAGAAGGAAAUUGAAAUUUUCUUCAGCGGUUUUGAGCUCCGGUUCAAAGUCUCUGAAGACAUUUGAUAAGAAAAGAAAGGCUGAAACCACUAGAAGAAAUUUGUUUUGCCGGGUUAUUGACACUUUAGAAAAGCAUGAUCACGAGGGGUGUCAAGGCGAUCAAUCUCUAUGUUCGAGUUCUAAAGGUAAGAUUGAUGGUGGGAAACUACUAACUGUAAGUUUAAAGAGGAGGAGAAAACCGAAGAAAAAUAAAGUUAAAGUGGUUCCAGAUGAAGCAGCGCAAUUGCAAAGGAGAGCACGGUAUCUUUUGGUUAAAAUGAAGCUCGAACAAAACCUUAUUGAUGCUUAUUCCGGCGAAGGUUGGAAAGGUCAGAGUCGGGAAAAGAUUAAGCCUGAAAAGGAACUACAAAGGGCCAAGAAUCAGAUACAUAAAUGCAAACUUGGAAUUCGAGACACACUUCACCAGUUGGAUUUACUUGGGUCUGUCGGGCAGAUCGACGAGGCUUUGAUUGCCCCAGAUGGGUCUGUUCAUCAUGAACAUAUAAUCUGCAAAAAGUGCAGAUCUCAGGAAGUUUCAGAGGACAAUGAUAUCAUAUUAUGUGAUGGCUCAUGCAAUUGUGCCUUCCAUCAAAAAUGUAUUGAUCCUCCUUUGGCGACGAAAGAUAUUCCUCCCGAAGAAGAAGGUUGGUUGUGCAAGUACUGUGAUUGUAAGGUGGAGAUUUUAGACGCAAUGAAUGCACAUCUUGGAACGCUAUUUUCUGCAGAUACCCCAUGGCAGGAUAUUUUUAAAGAAGCUCUUUUAUCUAAUGUCGGAACCGAAGAUUCUAAUCUUGAAGAAAAGUGGCCUGAUGAUGAGUCCGACGAUAAUGAUUAUGACCCUGACAGAGAUGAAUACGAUAGCAGUAACAGAUGUAGCAUGGAGGACGUUUAUUCUAAUCCGGAAACUAGUACGAGCAGCUCAUGUUGUUCAUUGGAAAGCGAGGUUCUUUCGGAAUCUGGAUUUUCCGCAGGUGGAGGUGUUGUGUCAAGUAAAAUUGCUUCCUUGCAUCAGACGUGUGUCGUAGAAUUUAACAAUAAUGAAAUCGCUACCGGUCCCAGAAAGCGAUGUGCUGUUGAUUACAAAAAGCUCUAUGAUGAAAUGUUUGGGAAAGAAAAAGAGAAUUCUGAUGGUUUUUUUAGUGAAGAUGAAGAUUGGAACCCAUCUAAAAGACGACGAAGAGAAAAAGAGAAUGAUGUUGCUAAUACCCUUAUGUCUUUGCGUGAAACUGAAGUUAAAAAGCCAGAUCCACAAACAUCGGACGUGGGUGACAAUCAUCUUCCAUGCCCGAAAUCUAGAAAGCCUCUCUCGAGAAUUCCUUGUGAAGCAUUGCAGAAACUUCGUCAGUCAUUUGCGGAGAACGAGCUUCCAUCUAGAGAUGUUAAAAGACGAAUCUCGGAGCUAGUUGGUCUCGAGUAUAAAAAGGUUAAUAAGUGGUUCAAAAAUGCGCGCUACAUGGCUUUGAAGAAUAAGAAGAGAGAAAGAGUUUCGGACAAUUCUAUCAUCGGUUUUGCAGUAAAGAAAUCAGCUGAGGUCACUUUAACCAAGUGUUCUUCCACGCCCAUUUCAAACCACAAAAAAAAUCGCAGGGUUAGCUGGAAAGAUAAUUUGAUAACCUUCAUCAACAUUCCAAAGAAGCAGCAGACGAAGGACACGUUACACGCUAGCACUAAGGCAAAUGUGGAGCUAAGCGAUGAUACGUGCUUGAAGAAACACUUGUUAUACUUGAAAGCUAGAAGUAGGCAGAGAAAAAGAGUAAAACAUGACACCGAGCAACCUCAAGAAUCAAACGUGGAAAAGCAAAUGGAAGAUUUAUGUCGGAUUCAAGAAAAGCUUUGGAAAUUAAAACAAGUUUUAUCGACUAUUCCUGAAAUCGCGACCAAGGAAUCAGAAGAGGUAAGCUUGAAUGGACAAAUAGUGGUCUAUGUUCCCUUUGCAAGGCUCAAGGAGAAAGAAUGAUAUCGAUUUCUUACCGAUAUGUACCCGAUCAUUGAUCAUACUGCCAAAAUUGAGUUAUUUUGUUCAUGAAAAGAAUAUGGCAAUAUAAUUAUCUAGUUAGAUCAACUGUUGUAGAAUGUGAUUGCUUUAUGAUGGUUUCAUGUGAGAGAGCAAUCAUAUUCUUACAUUCUUUUGCAAUGAAUCAUAUUCUCAUACUUCUAUUGGUUA